AUGUCGGGCAUACAAUCCUCAGCUCCAGUUCCAGCACAGCAAAUCCCGCCUGUCGCCGAAAGGGGUGCAGACAGCUUUGUCGAGACCCAGCUGCAGUUGCACAAGUUGCAGGAGCAACUGCAGAUGGUGCUCUUCAAUUUCUGCCGCGUGCUGCGGCCAUCUAUCAUCGAAGAGCACCACUGGCCCUGCUAUGCUGCUGCCGAGUUGCCCCACAUCGCCACCGCUGUUUUGGACUUCUGCGAGGGCGAUGAAGACCCCAUUGAACACCGAGGAGUAUCGCCCAAAAAGCGCAAGAAGUUCAUCAGAGACUUGCGUAUGUGUAGACUUAUCCGCAAUGCGGUAGCGCAUUGUUUACCCAUAACCGAGGAUCAAAUGAUGAGGUUUGCUACGAGUGGGCGCCGGAUAAUUGCCAUGGUCAAGAGGGUACUGGGGCCUCAGUAUGAAACAGAAAUGGCUGCGAUUGUGGGUAUUUGA